GGCGAGAUACACCAUCCCGGUUCGUCCUGCAUCACAAAAUGUCGAACUGUUUGACGUUUGUGUUUCUCUUUGUAAUGUGGAUUUGCAUCCAAAUCCGUACAGUAUCAGGAGUUUGUCUAGACGGUCGGUAUGGCUUAGACUGCAGCUACACGUGUCACUGUACUUCCGGUUGUAAUGAUGUCACAGGGUGUUCUGGGAACUGCACAAAAGGAUGGUCUGGACCCACAUGCAACAUGAAUAAUUUAGCGUUGAACAAACCUGCCUCCCAGAGUUCUCACUACAAUGGGGACAGCACACCUCCAUCAAAUGGUGUUGACGGGGAUUACACAUCGCAAAUAUUCACUGAUAUACAUCAAGAUAACUGGUGGGAAGUGGAUCUGGAAAAAGCAUAUUACAUACACAACGUGACUGUUCACUUCAGGCGAGAUUAUAAACCUCGAAGGAAUGGUGUUCAAGUGUACCGUUCUUUGGAAAGGAACCAGACUAAAACAUAUCAUCUGUGUGGUGCAGCCACAAUAGAUAGCCCGGAUGUGACACGUAUUACUUGUAACAACAAGGCUCGGUAUAUUAAGCUGUACCAGGGAACUAACAACAAUAACUUAGAUACAAAAGAUCAUAACGCUGGAACGGCAAUGGAUUUUUCUGAAGUGGAAGUAUUUAGUGAGUUACACUAUUCAUAAAUACAGACUGAAAUAAGUAACAUGUGAAUAUCUGUCAACCUUCAUCUAUGCUGUUCUCGUCUUAACAAGAGUACAUUUUAAUAUACAAACUAACAUUCUGAGAUAUUCAUACCAAACUGAAUAGUCUUCUGUCUUAUGUCCUCCCGUGGAUUUUUUUUUAAAGAAAGCAAACGACCAUCAUAAAUCAGUUUAUUAUACACCACAGAUGAAGAAUAUUUUUGGUGCCCAUCUUGAAUUUUAGCAAGGCGCCAUAAUGACGUCAUCAAAUAUGGCGGACAUUUUGAAUUCCUGAAUUAUCUAAAAUGAAUAAUAAAAGUCUUAUUUCUAGGUCAAUCUUCACAAGCAAGAUGUUAAAAUGAUCAGACGAAAGAGUUUAAACAGCUUAUAUGCACUAAAUGAUAAACGUGUGGUCAUUCCAGGGUGGUGUGGAGGGUGUAAUUAAAGACUCCUUUUGUUUUAGUGCAUUUUAAACACUCCAUCAACAUUUGCACAAUUAAACUUUAUUCAAUUAAUAGCAAAUUGUUUAUCUGUUUAUUGGGUAAUAAUACUGUACUUGGUCCCAACAGGAAUUUUAAUUAACAUAUUUAACACUUUAAAGACAUAUGGUCAGGGUCAUAUGCGGUGUCCAACUGUAGUUUGAAAGCAAAUAAAGUUCAAAGUUAUUUUAUGGAGACGCGAGACAAUACUUUCUUGAGGGACAUUCUUAAAGCUAAUGCAUGAUGGCUUACACAGGUUAAUUCCACCAAUACAGCCCUCAAAGAGUUUCCAUGAUUCCAUGCAUUUUUAGUACCGUUGUCACAUAAAAAAACAAAUUAUAAAACAAUGAGAGUUAUUUUUUUGAAACAGUUGUUACAUGUAAAACUUUGGCUCUAUAUAAAAUUGCAAUUUAAAACAAGAAUAACUAGUGUAUCCGAAUUAAUUCGUGGAUGUUUAGGAUAAAAUAAACAUGAUCCGACGAAUCGCCGUUAACACGAGCUGCAAAUUCAGAGUUUAAAACGUUACUGACUCUAGCUUCCGACGUGCAUACCUUUUACUGUUUCAUUAUUUGAUGUUAUUAAACACACAGAGGAACAAGUACAUUAAAUUACGUAAGAAGUUAUAGGUAAUGUGUAAUUUAAUGGUAAGAAGUGUAAUAACCACACAUAUUUCACAGUGUCUAAUAACUAGUGUUAGUAACCCUAAUUUGCUACAUUACAGAAACAAUGUUUCAUGUCUUUUUGUGUCUCCAAGCAUUACAGUACAUGGAGCUGGAGCAUCAAUUUUUUGGGAUGGUGAUGCGAAAAUGUGUCUUUUCAUCCAUUGCCAAAAAGAUGUUAUAUUCUGGUGGGUAGCCAGCUGUGUUGGCAUUAAGGGUAAUUAAAAUGCAGAUUCUGCUGCCAAGUCUGCUUUGAAUUUGCCCCAUGCCAGUGUUGGUGUCCCCUACAGAGAUUUUGAAUAUGACAUUAACAAAUACCUAGUUUCCACUUGGCGAGAUGCUUGGAAUGGUGCUUUAUUCUGUCAAGCUAGUCCUGGGAGAGUGGCAGUCAUCUUACAGGUGGUGCACGAAGGAUCAAGUGAUCUUGUGUCAUGUGCGUAUCGGCCACACACAUUUAACACAUUCAUUUAUUUUAAAGAAGGAUCCUCCUCCUCGGUGUAAACAUUGUCAGUAUACUCCGGCAAUGUGCUACAUUUUGGUGCAGUGAAAUCAUCUAAAGGUGACGAGCAAAAGACAUAUUUGGUAACGGAAAUAUGUUGGAAUGUUUUACAUUCCAUCCAGAAUUGGUCUUAAAGUUUUGAAGACAUUUUCAUUUCUAUACAACAUUUUAAAAAUGUACUACCUUCAUAUUUGUAUUGUAUUUUAUUUUCUCCACAUAUUUUUACACUGUGUUUUAAGCAAUUAUACAUUUUGUAUUUUUAAUCAUAAUAUUGAUAUACUUACCUUCGUAUGACACCCAAUGGGCGAUUGGUCUUUUUUGCAGGGGUGUUGUUAAACAUGAAUGCAUGCAUUCUCCCGUUGAAUUAAUAUUAAAACAUACCAAAACAGACUAAAAAUUCAUACAAAUCCCGACAUAACCAAAGCUUUAUUAUUAGUCAACAAUAUACUUAUUCCGAUCAUAUUGACACCUUGUUUAUCAGGAUUGGCCGAGAAAGUAGUGAAUUAGGCCCCUGUACUAUAUAUACCCAUGAUGCUAGAGGAUGGUAUGGCCAUAUUUGUGUGAUCUGUGCUAUAUCCAUGCAUCCCCUCUGUGGGCUGGGGUGAUCGUCUUUCUGUGAUCUGUGCUAUAUCCACCCAUGGCUCCAUGGGUUGCUCGUAUCGUCUUUUUGUCGACUGGUAUGUCCAUGUUAUUAUUAUGUCCGAAUUAUACGAUACACGCUUAAUACAGGCCAGUUGACACAACAUCGUACGUGAUGAAAAAUAGUUGCCAUUUAAGAGAGUUAACGGCUUGGAAAGGUUGCACUGUUACUUCGUAUAACCAUUUCUCAGCACAUUAACAAAUACAUCUAUAUCAAAUGCCGUGGAAUGGGCUGUCCUGUCCCUUGCUGUUAAAAGAAACUGCAGUAGGUUUCUUUUUAUGGACUGUCCUCAUAGACUAUAUAUCAAAAUUACCAA